ACCAGAACAUUCUCAGCCAACUAUUUUUAUCUGCGGAGCAAGGCGGUGGGCAGUGAUUUGGUAGGUCAGAGCUAAGUUUAUAGAACAAAGAGACAUGUGGCUUCCUCUGGGUAUCGCACUGAUCACUGUUUUUCUGACGGCCAACUUCCUGUUUCGUCGUCUGCGGAUAAACAGACAAAAUAGUGACCUUUUUGUACUAAUAACUGGAUGUGACUCCGGGUUUGGUUACCUAGCGGCUACAACAUUCGCCAGGAGAAAAAUUCAUGUGUAUGCCGGAUAUCUGAAAGAAUUCAAGUUGGACGCGGAACCUUCAGAAUAUUUGAUCCCAAUACAAUUAGACAUUACCAAUGAAAAACAUAUUAAGGAGGCAGUUAAAAGCAUAACAGAUCGGUUACCACCAGGUCAAGGCCUUUGGGCAGUUAUAAACAACGCUGGAGUAUCCCUACACACAGGUCUUUGUGAGGCUCAAACCCCAGAUAAUUUUAAAGACUGUCUGAAUGUCAAUUUCUUCGGAAUGGUUUUGGUAAUCAAACACUUCCUUCCCCUUCUUCGUAAAUCCUCGGGACGCAUCAUAAACAUGGCUAGUAUUGGUGGAAGAUUUGCCUUUCCAUUUUCAUCUCCGUAUAUUGUAUCAAAGUUUGCAAUUGAAGGAUAUUCCGAAUGUUUGAGGCGUGAGUUAUAUCAUCAAGGUGUUUCCGUACAUGUAAUAGAGCCAGGUAUAUUCGACACAGGCAUGCUGAUGCGCUCGACACCUAUGGAAUUCGCACAAAGAACAUUUGACACUCUCCCGGAGGAGGUGAAAGACUACUAUGGCAGGGACUACUUUCAGAAAAUGUCAAAGACUCUUUUACGAUUCAAAGGCAGCAAAGACCUUAGCCAGGUGAUGGAGGCAUAUUACCACGCCCUCACGGCCCGCUACCCCCGGGCUUACUACAGGGUGGGCUGGGACGCUAAAAUUCUCUUCCGGAUUUUAAUCCUCCUGCCGGCGUGGAUCACAGAUUUUCUCGUAACGUGGGAUCCGAGGUUAUCGCGACCAGCUGGUGCUAAAUCAUAACCUGAAAGACUUGCGAUUGGUCCUAAAUGACUUUACUGUCAUCAGAUAGGUCCCCUCAUUGUGUAAGAAUUUAAUAUUGACCUAUCGGUGCUAAAAAGGGUUUGAUGUUUAUGAACCAGGAUCUAUAUCAAGAUUGAUAGAGGCGAAGUCGGCUAAUACAGUUUCAAAUCUAAGAGUUAAAUAUGAACUGUUUUUGGUUCAAUUUUGUUCAGGUGAAAAUGUGGUUCAAAUGAAUAAACAAAGGUUGUAAAUAUUUUCGAAGAAAAUGGGAACUUGAUAUUU